AUGACGUUUAGUGCAAUCAAGAGUUUCACGCUGGAGCUGGACGGGCCGGCAGACGCCGUGUACAGCGGCGGUGGCGUGGUGUCCGGACAGGUGGUCCUGGAGCUCCGCAGGGAGACCGGGGUGCGCGCCAUGAGGGUGCUCGGGAGAGGGGUCGCCACGGCGCACUGGCUGGAGAACCGCAGCGUGGGGAUGAACUCCAUCUACAACGACUACACCUCCAAGAUCACCUACUUCAGGAGAAGACAGCAUCUGAUCCGAGGUUAG